AUGACCCGCAGAGCCAUGCAACAUAGCCCAACUCCAACUGGGUCGAUUAUGAAGGAGGAAGGCGUAAAAACCGAUCCCACCGACCACCUCAGCUUAAGUGAGGCGGCAGAGAUUGAUUAUGAACGCCUUGUCGAGAUGGAACGCGUCUGCGUUAGAAAAUUAGAUCUUGCCAUUGCUCCUUUAAUAGGCGCUUUCAACUUUCUAUCUUUUAUUGACAGAUCGAAUAUCGGGUUUGCUGACACCCAAGGAAUGUCAGAGGACUUGAAUCUUAAAGGCGACGAGCUGAAUGUCGCGAUAUCCAUUUUCUAUGUAUUUUAUGUGCUGUCAGAGCUACCCAUAUCCAUGGUUGCGAAACGAUGGAGGUUUGAACGUGUGCUACCUACUCUCACUAUUGCAUUCGGUGCCGUCACACUUGGCAGUGGAUGGAUGACCAACUAUGCCAGUCUUGCGGCAACCAGGCUGGUACUGGGUCUAUUCCAGGGCUGUCUAUUCCCAUGUCUAGCUCUUUUUGUAGCAAACUGGUACAAGAGAGAAGAGCUAGCUGUUCGAAUGGCAUUUCUGUUUGCUUCGUCAGCUCUUGCGGGCGCUUUUGGUGGCUUGGUAGCAUUUGGUAUCUACCAUAUGGAUGGAGCAGCCGGCAUACCGGGUUGGCGAUGGAUCUAUAUCAUUGAGGGCAGUGUUACUAUUGCCUUUGGGUUCGUGUCUUUCUGGCUAGUCCCUGGGUCUUUUGAGACUGCUUGGUUCUUGGAUGACGAUGAUAAAGUUGCAAUGAGACGUCGAGCCGAGGCGAUGCACCAAUACAGUGGGGGACGAGGCCAUUUUGGCUUCAAACAUAUUCUCUGGGCUGCUAAGGAUAUCAAGACUUGGCUGCAUGCCUGCUUGCAGUUCUGUGUUAUUACGCCCCUUUACGGAUUCAAUAACUUCCUACCGAUUAUUAUCGAAGACGGACUCGGUUUUAGCAGUGUCCAGGCGCAAUAUCUAGUUAUUCCUGUGCAAAUGUGGGGUGCCAUUGUGUACAUGAUAAUUGCAUGGUUAUCCGAUCGACUCCAGCGACGUUACAUUUUUGUCAUGGUUUUCGGAUCUAUCACUGCACUGGGAUAUGUUCUUAUUCUAUGCCCCAUUCCCGCUGGUGUGCAAUACUUCUCCACAUUUUUGAUCACCACCGGAAUGUACAUCAUUGCCGGAAUCAACCUAUCAUGGGCCUCGCUGAAUUCAGCCCCGGAUGGGAAGAGGGGCGCUACGAUGGGUAUCACAUUGACAUUGACGGAUCUAGCAGGUGUUGUGGUUGGGCAAAUAUACCCAUCUCAUGAUAAACCAAAAUACUACCUUGGGAAUGGAUGGUCCCUUGGCACCUUGGUCACUGCCUUGGUUCUGUUCACCGCAGUGAAAAAAGUAUAUGAUCACCGCAAUCUAAAUAAACGGAGCGAAGAUGAUGUACAGGGCGCGGAGUGGGAUGACCGCGCUGGUGAUUUUAUAUACCUUACAUAG